AUGUCUUCAUUACGCGACUACGGUCUCGCGGCACCCCAUGGGCCCAACAUGGACAGCCACCACGUCGCGACCGAGCAGCUCUACGCCAUGAGCCAGAACGAACAGGGCGUUUUCCAGACCAUCCUCAAGCCCGACGACAGUUACGACGAGAACGGCACAUACUGGGCUGACAUGCCCAUCAUGAAGAGAAUUGCCUUUGUCAACAAGGUCAACAACGCCGAGACCAAGAAGGAGAUCAGCGCAACGUGGGCCAUGAUCAAGAAGGAUCCUCUCAGUCCCGUUGGUUACUACAUGCGCAACAUGGUCAUCCCUGGUAUGGGUCUGCUCCUCGAAGGUUACGUCCUCUUCUCCAUUGGCAACAUUAAGCCUCUCCUCCAGGCUGCUUUCGCCGCCUGUUGGAAGCAUGAAACCAUCUGCAAUGGCACCUGGAUUGCUGCCCUCGAUUACCUCGAGAUUGUUGGUAUCAUUGUUGGUCAGAUCCUCGUCGGAAUCAUUGGUGAUUGGCUCGGUCGUCGCUGGGGCCUGAUCCAAGAUGCCACCAUCAUGUUUGUCGGUCUUCUCAUGCUCACUGCCUCCUGGGGUGUUACCCAGAACGGCUGGGUCAUCUGCUACGUCUGGUCCCUGUUCUUCUACGGUGUCGGUGUUGGUGGUGAAUACCCCAUGACAGCCACCUCGGGCAUGGAGAACGCCGUCGGUUCUGGAAAGGUUUCGACCAAGGAGGAUCGUCUUCACCGUGGUCGCAAGGUCACUUCAGCUUUCUUGAUGCAAGGUUGGGGUCAAUUCCUCAACCAGGUCAUCCUGAUUAUCCUGCUGCUCAUCUUCCAUGGAUCUGGAAACCCUCCUUACUCCAAGACCUCCACCCAGUGGACUUACCGUGUCUCGUUCGCCAUCCCCGCUGUUGGAACUCUCUGGCUCGUCUACUUCCGUACCUACAAGAUGCGUUCCGCCUCCAAGGUUCUCGCUGCCGCCAAGAAGAAGUCCAACGUCACUGGUUACGACACUCAGUCUCUCAAGCUUACCCUCACCCACUUCGGUCCUCGUCUCAUCGCAACUGCUGGUGCCUGGUUCGCCAACGACGUCUUCUUCUACGGCAACAAGCUUUUCCAAGCCGAGUUCAUUGCCGUCCUGCUUCCUGGCAACAAGUCCGUCAUGGUUGGCUGGCUGUACAACCUGGUCAACGUCGGUGUUUCGCUUUGCGGUUACUACCUCGCCUCUUUCUUGAUUGACAACAAGCUCUACGGUCGCAAGUGGAUGCAGAUCGUUGGUUUCUUGCUCGACUUCAUCCUCUUCGUUGUUCCCGCCUUCAACUUUGAGUACUACACCAGCAAGUCUGGAGUCCACUCUUUCCAGGCCAUGUACUUCCUGUCCUCGUUCUUCAACCAGUUUGGUCCCAACUCGGUCUCUUUCCUUGUUGCUGCCGAGGUCUUCCCUACUCCCAUCCGUGCUACCGCUCACGGUUUCAGCGCCGCUGUCGGAAAGCUCGGUGCUCUUCUCGCCGCUGUUCUGUACAAUUACAUUGACACUCAGACCAAGUUCUAUGUCGUCCCCUGGUUCGGUCUCGGUGGUGCCAUCGUUACCUGGCUCUUCCUCCCCGAUACCACCGGCCUCGAUCUCAAGGAGCAGGAGCGUCGCUGGGCAUUCAUCCGCGUUGGCAAGGGUGACGAAUACCACGGUGUCGCCAUCCACCCCAAGCACCUUUCCGUGUGGGAGCGCUUCCGUGGCGUUGGCAAGAACUACGACGCCGAGCUCGACUACCAGCAGCGCGUUGAGGAGAUGCGUCACGAGUGGGAACAAACCAUGGCUUCCAAGAUUGCCGAGAAGGAGAACAACAUGGACCCCGACGUCAUGGACGACGAGGACUGGCACAGCGACAUUUCCAGCUUCUUCGCUCGCACCAAGAACGGCCCUCGCGGUGCCAAGUCUCCUCUGAUCACCCCCAUGGGUAACAACGGCGGAAACAAUAGCGCUCUGCCUUCACCCAUGAUCCGCGGUAUGAACGGCAUGCCCAGCCCCAUGAUGCGCGGCCAAGUCAAAGAAGAAGACGAGUCAGACGAGGCCUUGAAUGAGAAGAGGUGA